CACCCAGUGAAUGCGUCAUCUAUCACUUUGCUCUUCACAACGAUUUCCAUGCGCUUGGAUUCGAUGAACAAGAUGAUGUUGUGUGUGUCGUCCUUGCUGAUGCUGACGUGCAUUGUGACUACAGUAGAAGCUGCAGAUGUAGAAUCUAUAAUUACGCCUACACUAGAACCUCCAGCAGAGUCUCAUCUUCAAUGCUACUUUUGUUCACAGCAGACUAGAGAGGAUUGUGACAGACUACGUGUGACCACAUCAUGUGAAGUUGGAGAAGUGUGUCGUACUGUAGUUCAUAACCUCUCGCCAUUUUUUGGAGGAGAUGUCACGUCGUUUCAAUUAGACUGCAUUUCAAAAUCAAUGUGCAAUGAAAGUGACGCGUGCAACAGUGAGUUUGGAGGCGACUGCAUCAGGUGUUGUGACACUAAUCUGUGCAACAAUGGAUCCAGAGAUAUUGGGAUAGCCACCACUGAACCCACAGAAGGUACACAACUUCUCUACCGUAUACAAGAUGAACCUCACCUCAUUUGCUCAUAUGUGUUUGCAUGUUUUGAUUAAUUAAUAUGUAUUGAUAGUUUUUGUCUUUGUUAAUUUUGCCUUUUAAUUAAUUAACAUACGAGUUACUAGUGUACAAUACCUACUUUGCUGUCUUUGCCUGAGUUUGUGGUUAGUAGUAACAAGAUUAACAGUAUUUGAGUUGCAUCUCCAGU